AUGUACUGGAACUUUCAUGAGAUUCAGUGGAACAGGUCAAAUCCAGUGGGAACAGCAGCUUCCUGGGAGAUCUGCACAGGUGGAGUGGGGUUUUGGGUUCUUAGUCAUCCUUCUAGAUUUGGCCACCAAGCCCAACUUAAAACUUCACUCUGCAUUGGGACCCUAGUCCUGUUAGGGUAGGUAGAAAGAAGGGGUCUUCCUGAGUGAAAACUAACAGCCACCUUCCCCUUUUCCGCUUGCUCACACCUGCCCAGACGGGUUUUUAUGGCCGCCUCCGCUCAGCCCAGCUUCUCUUACGGACAGGUGACUCCGAGACUGUGGCUGUGACAGGUGACAUUCUCACUCUGCUCCUGGCUUGCAAAGGCGAUGGAUUAAGAUUAUAUCGAAGGCACCAGAAAGAGUUUUUAGUUCAUCCAAUGCAGCAUGGGAACCCUGCAGUCUCUCCAGAUUAUCGGGUUUCUCCUCUGCCUCUUGGUGACAGAUAUCAAAGGGGAAGAAGAAAGAGUUCCAACCCUUACUAGGGAUGUCUGGGCUUAUGACACAGACAUCCUAGCCAGCUGUGACUUCAAUGACAACCUCAAUCCCUUUUGCAACUGGAAACCGUCCUGUAGCAGUCGCUUUGGAAGCUGGAUCCGGAGUAGAGGUGGAACGCCGACCCUCGGAACAGGCCCAGAGGGAGAUUAUCCUGAUGGAAAGGGCUAUUUCAUCUACCAAGAAGCCAGCAACCUCCUUCCCUUUGACACCACCAUCCUUGAGAGCCAGGAGCUUGUGGUCUCCAGGGAAAUAUGCAUCGAUUUCUGGUAUCACAUGUCCGGCUCAGAGGAUUCAAACGAGCUGAAAGUUGUCAUCUUGACUGAUGAGGACGAAUUCAUGUUGUGGCAUCGAAAGGGGGCUCAGAGCUCGGACUGGCUGCAUGGGUCCACAUCUGUGCAUUUCUUGAGAGAGAGGGACAUCAAGGUAUGA